AUGUCGGAUUUUCUUUCGGGCAUAUCAAAUCUAACGAAACAAAUUAGCAGUAACAUUCCAUAUCAGAUUAAAAAGCUAGGAGAAUCUGUUCAUACUAUGGUGAUGAAUUAUACAGAAGCUGAAAAUAUCGUCUAUGAAGCGACUAAUGAGGAUCCAUGGGGUCCCACUGGUCCUCAAAUGAAAGAAAUUGCCAAUUGUACUUUUCAAUACGACGGUUUUAAUCAGGUCACUAAUCUUCUUUGGAAACGAAUGCUUGAGGAUAACAAAACCGCUUGGAGAAGAGUCUAUAAGGUGGUUCUGUUUGAUUCAUCCGCUGAUCACUUCGCCUCUUUAGAUCGUUUUCGCAGUAGAUUUGGUUUCAACUCCUUAAGCGUUUUAUGUUUUAAUCCAGUUCGUCAUCGUGUGAAGACCAUUCUGGAACUUCUUGGUGACGACGAUAAACUACGAGCUCAGCGGAAAAAAGUGAAAUCUGACAAUAAAGACCGAUAUCAGGGGUAUACAUCAGAAGACAUUCGUAUGGGUCGUGCAGCUCCUUAUGAUGACUAUUCUUCCAAAGAAGUCAAUUCUUUUCAAUUUCCCGACGAAACGAGACGAGGUUCGGUAUCACCAGAGUUAGGAUUCAGACAAGAUGUGAGCUAA